AGAAAAUAUAUUUUCUCCAUGUACUUCAGUGUUGGUCUAGUGCCCUCAGUUGUUCAGGAGCUGGAGAUUAUUGUAGAGGAGUCUCUAACUGUCAAAGAGUGCCUUAGGGAAAUGUUGCAGAUGGCGAAACUUGAAGGUGCGUCAUGGCACUUAAGGAGAGUGGACUGGUGUGAGGAGAUCGGAGAGCCACUUACGGAUGAGAAUGCAUCUCUGAAAGAGGCAAAGGUCAUUCAUGGGGACACACUGGUACUGGUGGAGGUGGCGACUGCCUCCAAAGGGUUACCUCAAGCUGUCUGUGAAGAUGUGCAUAGAUGUGAUUGACAGCUCCAGCGUUCCAGAGCUGGACCACACAGCAGAGUGUCAGAGCACUGAGGGGCUCACCACAGAGGGGUCUGGAUCAGAGAUGAGAUUCAUUGGUCAUGUGGAGAUAUCAGAGGAGGCUUCACUUGAUGAUCUCAAGACUCAG